AUGGCUCCUGGUUUUUCUGGGAACUUUCGCACUUUGUGUUGUUGUGGGAACCUCGGUUGGUCUCGUGUUAUCCAAGAGUCACGGUGGCGAGUUCACAUAAGUCUCCGGUUCGCGUUCAGCACCGGUCUCGAAACUCACAUGGCUGUCUCUAGCAAGCCGGAGCCGACUCCUGCUAUCUCUUCCUCUGCUAUGGCAACCUCGACAUUCGCCUUCGGGGCCCCCACCGCCGUUUCCGAGUCUCUUCCGCCAUCGGCAUGUCUGAGCUCCAUGUGUCCUCAGAUGCUAAGUGCUGCUUCUUUUGGAAACCCUUCAACCACCUUUCUUUUUGGACGUGGAGCUGAUCAGGCUAUCUGGUACCGUCAGGCCGAUGAGCAAGGAUGGAUAACAAGAUGGACUAGCCUCGGUGGUGCCUUCAUCAGCCCACCUACAUCCUUGUCAAUCCGCGAGGGCAGGAUAGAUGUCUUUGCGGUCGACCAAUCCCAAGAGGUCCGGUUCAAGUCCUUUCAGGAGGGUAAAUGGCCCUCAGCCACCACCUUCGGCGUUGAUAAGCUGAGUCUCGUCUGCGUCGACGCAGACCAUCGUCCGCAACUGAAAUACUACAAGGGGCGUUGGGGUCCGAGCAUCUCGGAUUGGCAAGAUCUCGGCGAUUGGCUGUUCAAUACACCUGCAUUAGCCUCUGCGGCCCUCGACCGGGUAGAUAUGGUGGGAUACGGCGUUGUGGAAGGGCAGAUUGGGGGUGGUCAGCGGGGAUCCAACUACUCGAUGAUCUACAAGCGGUACAACACAACGGGGUGGCUGGAUUGGGAAGGGGGCUGGGGUUCCUUCAAGGGAGAUCCGGGGAUCGCUGCCGUAGCUAGCGAUCAGAUCGAGUAUUUCGGCGUCGAUAGGAACGGUGCAAUGUGGCAUAACGCUUGGCUACUAACUGAGAGGCUGGCUUCGGCUAGUGCUCGCCGUGGCACUAACUUGACUAACUUGCCCCCAGAAUAUACUGACCCUGAGAACUUGGGGGGUAACUUCACAUCUACGCUGUUCGUAUUUGCCACUAGCAAGUUGCGGCUCGACGUCCUCGCAGUGGGCACUGACGGCUGCCUCAAGCACUAG